AAUGAAAUCAAUCUUAAAAACAGUUGAUCCGAAGUAUUUUGACAUUUUUUGUUUUAUCGCGGGUGGUGGGCAAGCGGCCACGGCAAGCGGCGAAAUCAGGAACACAAAAUCAACGAUUCGUUGGAAGAUCGAACUGUUCAUAAUUUUGAUGAACAAUUCACUCUGGAAACCUGUUCAAAUAAAUAGAUAACCACUCGUGUUCUUCAUUUCGCGGGAAAAACAGGGAAAAGAACUUGCAGUGGAUGAGAAGAAGCCAUGGCAGCUGUACAGUGCAUAAACUUCUGCAAACCAUUUGGGACAAAAAUGGCUUUCUCCCCUUCUUCAUUUGCCCUUGCAAUCUCUCGUACGAUUCAUCCCACUUUCAAAACUUCCAGAUCAUUGCCGAAGGUCUCGAUUUCCAGAUCGAAUAGGGUAGUUCCGGCUGUGAUUGCCAAAGAGAGUGCCGAUGGGGCGACUGUUUCUACCACCGAUGCGUUUAAUCUUACUUAUCUGGAGGGAAAUAGUUGGUUGUGGGAAGUGGGCGGUCUGUCCAUUUUGGUAGAUCCUGUUUUGGUUGGUAAUCUUGAUUUUGGUAUCUCGUGGCUGUAUGAGGCCUCCAAGAAGAUAUUGAAGAAUUUCCAGCUGAGUGAACUUCCUGAGGUCGACUGUUUACUUAUUACCCAAAGCCUUGAUGAUCACUGCCAUUUGAAGACUCUGAGACCUCUCUCUGAGAAGUCUCCUAAUCUAAAAGUUAUAGCAACUCCAAAUGCAAAGGCAUUGUUGGAUCCACUUUUCAGCAAUGUGACUUAUUUAGAAUGUGGUCAGAGCUCAGUUAUUGAAGCAAAAAAUGGAUCUCAAGUACUCAUUAGAGCCACUGCUGGACCAGUUCUAGGUCCUCCCUGGCAGCGUCCUGAAAACGGGUAUCUUGUUAUUUCUCCCCAAGGCCAGCUGACUCUUUAUUAUGAACCUCAUUGCUCUUACAACGAGGAAUUUUUGGGAAAACAAAGGGCUGAUAUUGUCAUCACACCUGUUAUAAAGCAGCUUCUGCCUAAUUUUACUCUCGUUUCUGGACAAGAAGAUGCAGUUCAACUUGCUAAGCUGCUGCAUGCAAAGUUCAUCGUGCCAAUGAAUAAUGGAGAUAUGGAUAGCAAAGGGCUUCUUGCAAGCUUAGUUAGUGCUGAAGGGACAAUUGAAUCUUUCAAGGAACUGUUGUCAAAGGAACUUCCAGAGGCAGUGGUCCUAGAGCCUACUCCAGGCAUACCACUUCGCAUUCCCCCACCUUCAGAUCAAGCGUAGUGCCUGGUUAGUCAUUAGUCAAAACUCACUUUUUGAAUGUAUACAAUAUAUUGACGAAGGAAUCUAAUGAAGCAUGUGUGUUCCAGCAUUAUUCUGGUUCAUAAAUGACCUCCCCCAAGUUUCAUAAUAAAAUGAAGCCUGUGUUCUUCGUUCAGUUAUAUUGAUCCCGAGAUUGAUCUCUGAAAGUCUGCAAGAUAAUUUUUGGUAUAGGAGAGUGUUUGAGCAAGGAAUAGAAAACAUAAUGGCCCAUGGGCUCCCUUCUGCUGAUUAGUUUAUGUAUCAUGAAUGGAAGUAUACUUGCCUUUUUUUUUUUUUGUUUUACCUGGGUAGGAUCUAUAUUUUAAAACCGAAUUCUCUUAUAUGACUAUUCUAAGCGGAUCAUAGUUUGUACACACCCCAGCUAAUUUCAUGAGACAAUUAUUUGAUCCUUA